UUUUCCUUUUUGUUUUUCUUUUUUUCUUCAAAUUCACAGACCAUCCUACAUCCUCAAGCUUCCUACACUUUUUACUCCCCACCUCAUUUCAUCAAGACCACUCUUCCAAUAUGGGUAAGAAGACCGCCGCUGCCGUCAACCAGAAGCAAAACUGUGCCUGCGGGCGCCACUCCAUGGGAGAGAAGGAAGCCUGCCGCUUCUGUCCCGCCGUCGUCUGUGACAGCUGCCGUGAAGAGUACUGCUGUGGACCCAUUUGUGAGAAGUGCAAUGGAGACCGCGAACACCUGAUGAAGUGUGACAAGUGCGAGGCCCCCGUCUGCGAGAAAUGCCUCGUCAUCACUAAGGGUGCUCGUGAAGGGAACUCGUGCAAGUCCUGCAAGAACAAGUCUUCAGUUCCAGUGCCGAAUGAGGCUACUGUCGGGGCAUAAGUUCCUUCAAGCAUGGGACUCAAGGGAAUGUGGAGCAGAGAGUAUGAACGAGAAAGAGGAAAUUGAAGAGGGAGACUGGGAAGAACAACAGCUUUCUCGAUUGAUGUCUUGUUUCCGUUAUGGUUAAAGAAGGAGAAAGGAGGAACUGGGUAUUUGUUUCUAAACCUUCCAAGGAGUAGGGGACUAAUAGAUGAAAAGCAGCGAGCUUCGUCCCAGGCUCUAGGAACAACAGUGGCAUUCUCCCACUCAUUCUUCUCAUUCUUUGCCUAUAACCUUCAAACCGCCAUUAUUUGACUUGUUAUAUUUUUGUAAGCUUUUCUAUGUAGAGUUUUUCUUUUUCUUCUUUCUUCAAUCUUUUUUCACGUUC